CAUUUCCCAGUGAUUCACCGCAACUCCAGCUAGCUAGCGACCGAGCUAACGACGAAACUAUCCGAGACGAGGGACGGAAACGAGCCCGUGACAGUUGGAACAUGGCUGAACUUGAACAACACCAGGGAGAGCAGGGCAUUGAGGAGAAAAUCGAGCAGACGAGAGAGAGAUUCAAAAACGAAUUCCUCCAAGAUUUGUCAGACAAAUACGACCCGAGAGAUGUGGACAGACUGCAGAAAGACAACUCCAUGGUGGAGGGCUACCUGAUGUGGCGACUCUACAAGGUGGACGACGCCUUGAAAAUGAUUGAUGAGAGUUUCCAAUGGAGGAAAGAGUACGGUGUAAACGAUCUCUCCGAGAGCUCCAUUCCCAGGUGGAUGUUUGAGACAGGGGCGGUCUUUCUCCAUGGAUACGACAAAGAGGGCAACAAGCUCUUCUGGUUUAAGGUAAAGCUCCACAUGAAGGAUGCAAAAACAGUCUUUGACAAAAAGAAGUAUGUGGCUUUCUGGCUGGAGCGAAAUGUCAAGAAAGAACCUGGAAUGCCCUUAACAGUCGUGUUUGACAUGUCAGAGUCAGGCCUCACCAAUAUAGACAUGGACUUUGUGAAGUAUGUUGUCAAUUGCUUCAAAGUAUAUUAUCCAAAGUUGCUCUCCAAGAUGAUUAUUGUGGAGAUGCCUUGGAUCAUGAACGCCGCGUGGAGGAUUGUGAAAACGUGGCUGGGUCCAGAGGCCAUCAGCAAGCUCAAAUUUGCAUCCAGAUCUGAACUCCAGUCGUAUAUCGACCCGGAGUACUUACCGCCUCACAUGGGUGGAACGGACCUGUUCAAGUACAGCUACCCACCUCUCCCUGACGACGAUUUCCAGACCCCCAUCGGCGACAACGGACCAAUUGUCAGCGAGGACGAAGUCGAGAGCAAGGAGAGCGAGCUCGAGAGCAAAGACGUUCUGGAGUCCAGCAUCAACUCAGAGGUUGCCGUCAAGCCCAAAAAGGUGAAUUUCCUGGAAGAUAGUUUGAGGACAGACGACAUUGAUAAGGGAGAAAGCCGAAUCAAAGGAGCCAGGAGGCCCAUGACCACGUUUAAAGCCACCCUGUUGGACAUCAGCCCUGCAGAAGAGCUCAGUUUUGGUUGUGGAGAUACAGAGAAGAAAAGCCUCAUUAUCCUCAGCAAUGUGACAAAAAACCCGUUGGCCUUUAAGGUUCGGACCACAGCGCCCGAGAAGUACAGAGUGAAGCCGAGCAGCAGCACCUGCGAACCCGGCGCCUCCAUCGAUAUUGUGGUGUCCCUUCACGGAGGAUCUCAGGCGUCCCCCCAGGAUCGCUUCCUGGUGAUGGCUGCUGAGAUGGACAACAUCGGGUCUCAAGAACUCACGCAGUUCUGGAAAGAAGUACCAAAGUCCAAAAUUCUGGAGCACAGGUUGCGCUGUCACGUUCUGGAGAGCGUUAAGCCGGCGAGCAACCCUCUGAGGGAGGCUGGCGAUCGAGGAAGCAGCAAGGACAUUAACACAGCACCUGUUGCACAGAAAGGCUUCCGGGCACCCGAUGACAACUUUCUCAUGCGAUUGAUGGCCUCCAACUCCCGGCUUGAGCAGAGCGUGAACACGUGCGUGUGGGUGCAGAAGGUUCUGGUCUGCUUGGUCCUGGUUCUGUUGAUGCUCAACCUGUACUGCAUCCGCCUGCUGACGGCAGCGCAGCAACUCUUUUGACCACGGCACGACUCCAAAGACCGAUCCGCCUCCCUUGAAGGACCAAAAUCGAGGGGCAGGGCAAGUUUUGUGCUGCCUCCCGACACCGAACAAAGACGCUUUUAACAACCCUCAAGCAGUUUUUUAAGCUGGAAAAUGUAUUUAUUGCAAAAAAAUAUGUAGGAAAGAUAUAUUUUUGUGAUCCUAUUGUACAAUAUUUUAUAUGAAAUUUUGGCAGAUGUGAAAAGAAGUACUGAAAUAGGUCACUUUUUGCCAAGAUUGUAAAAUUACACUUAUUUAAAAUAACGGUGAAAGUAGAAGUACUGAUUCACACUUAAAUGUAAAAAAGACUGAAAUUAAAAUGUAAACAGGAAUUUUUACUGUCCAUUAUAUACAAUAACUAUUUUGAUUACUUGGAGCAAUGUGUGGGGGAGGGGGGAAUUGUAUGUAUGCUAGUUCUUUUCAUACUAAGAAGAAACAAAACACUGCGCACCAGCAGAGCAUCUUCCCAUAUUUUUGAUAACAUUAUGAAAUUACUCGCAAAAAUAGAUAAAUUGGCUAUUGAUAAAAGCAGAAAUACACACUUUAUUUUUUCCAGAUUGAGAAUUUUUGAAAGACAAAAAAAGAUGGUGCUUUUUUUUAGGCUGCGCCAAGACGACGAUCAUGAAUUACUAGUGCCAAAAAGCAUAAAGCAAUGGACCAUUCCGAUGGCGAUCUUAAGCUCCGCCCCCUUAGCCUUGUCCCACAAGCUUCCAAAAUGGCGAUUGAACAGAACAUGUUUGAAGUUGAUUCUCUGUCGUGUAUUCCAGAUAAUAUCGGGGUAUGUUUUUUUUUGCCAAAUCCGUCACACUUGACCGAGAGAGUAAUACAGAGAGGUCUCAAGUAUUUCACGCAAGGAUAUGUACACGGAAUUAAGAUUUUGGACAGCAGGGCGCAAUGUCAAGAGUUAGAGCGAAAUGUUGGCGAUCGAUGCAAAAAAAGUUCGACGCCUCAGACUUCAUAUUGAAAUCCAACAGGAUAAAAUAGUGGAAUCGUACUGCGCAUGUAAAGCAGGGUGAGUACUUUUUACUUGGAAAGAUCACAAGUAAUAUGAUUGUAGUUUUUUUAAGUGAGUGGGUGUAUUUAUUCGUUUGUAAUUGAACCCAGUGCUCUGUCUUAAAAGUCUGAUGUGAUACAAAUGGGCAAAUAGACAUUUUUCUUGCAUGACAUCGCGCAUUUAUGUAUCAAGAAUUAAACGUUCCCCAAGCGCAUCUGAGGACCAUUUUCUUCAUAACAUUAACUUUUCCAAGCGCCCGCUACUGACUGCCAGCAUUGCUUGUGGGACAAUCCGGCAAGAGGGGCGUGUUAAGACAAUGCGGCUAUGUGAUUGGCUAUUAUUGUACGAGUGAUUGACAGGUAGGAAAGGUCCGUUAAUUGUCGUGAACGAGGCAUAAGAUGCGGUUUUCUUCUCAAACUGUUGCGUCACGCUUGUUAAUACUCUGGUUAACGUUCCUCCAUGUCACCGCUGCUCAUUUUUUUGUGGUCGUCAUCUUGCAAGCCUGUUUUGGCUAUUAAGGGGUUAAAUAUAAAAAUAUCCUACAGAGUACAAAUAUGGCAUCAGACAAAACUCAAAAGUGUGCCUGUUACCCCGCUAUUUGUGGGGAUAAGGAGCAUCCCCUGCUGCAAAUGGCGAGGAUCCGCAAGUAAUUAACAGCCCAUUAAAAGGAUUUGCGAUUGCCUAUAAAUGUGACUAGGUGGUGUCAAAGCACUACUUUUAAACGAGUCAGGAAGAGUGAGCUCAUUCCCGAGACCAGUCCAGUGGACGUCGAUGUAGAUACUUUGAACCUUAAAACUCUGUAUUAGUACUUGAUUACCUCCCACAACUGCUUUCUAUCUGUUUACACUUCAAAGAGCACACCAGUAUUCACCCGCAUGUAUUAAAUUGAAAACUCGGCGGCGGCAGCGCUCUCCACGCCGACACCGAGGAGCCGCCGGAGGCUUCGGUCUCCGUUGCUUUUAAUUAGCCGGCGUCGUCCCGCUAGAAGUACGCAAGCAAUUAGCGGCGGGCGCAAGGACUCGGCUGCGUGGGCCUCUUGUAGCUUAUUGACAAUUCUCCUUAUCUGCAAUGAGAUCCGGCCCCGUGCAAUCAAGUUUGCUUCUCAACACGUGCGGUCCAAACCCGCCAAUAAUGAGCACGCAGAUGCUAAUGUUGAUUACUACAAGCUUGUUGGGCGGGGGGCGCUCUGAGACUGCCUCGUCUAACCUACUUUUGAAAUUAAAGUCUUUACAUUGUUCACAACUUUUUGGGAUGUAUAACCUGUAGUUUUUGUGGAGAUUUUAAUGUAUACAGGCCAAAUUGGUGCAAAUUUCGAUUUUUAAAAAAAUCCCAUGAAAUUAAAAAAAAAAAGGGGAAUCUUGUUUUUAUAUUUUUUUAUUACACAAUCUGUUUUUCAUUAUGAACCUCAUAAAAUCAAAGUAUUCUCCUAAAAUUAUCAUUUUAUAUAUUUUUUAUAAUAAAAAAAUAGGAUAUGACCCAAAUAAUUAAGACUUAAUAAUUAAGACCAGUGAUAUCAUGGUUUUGUACAAAAAAAGUAUUAGUGCUAUUCUCAUGUUAGCACAUCGACUGACAACUGACAAUAAUAAUGCUCAAGUUUGUAUUCAAUGUAACUUUUUUUUUUUUUUUACAUUUUUGGUAACGAUAUUAACUUUGGGAUACCCCAAGCCACCAUCCCAGAUCCCCUUUUGUUUCUAUUUUGUCGAAUUGAAGGGUUGCUGAAAAGCAAUCUGAUCAGAGUUAUGCAGAACACAAACAUAACACCACAUAUUAGCAGAUUGAACAAUAUAUAUUGGUGGUGUAUAUAGUUUUUGGUGGUGUACACGUGUAUCACAAUGAAAAAUGUUAUCAAAUGUGUUCUUGUAAUAUUACUUGUUUUGUAAUUUGUGAGAACAUAAUUUCUGUUGAACUUCUAACAGAUAAGACGUCAUUCCAUCCAUUUUU